GCUGCCAAACCUCCAACUCAUGUAAUGCUCCUGAUAAAGUUCUUCCGUGAGUGAGCUUCGCAAACAACGCCACUGAAUAUAGCAAAACAAGGCAUGUUGUCCUUCCUUUCUUGGUUUGUACCAAGUGUACCUACUUGGCUAACACCAAAUGCUAUUCCUUUACAUAGUGCUUUACAAGGGCUUGUGGGUGCUUGUGGGAUCUGGGUCCUUCGUAAUCUUUUAAAAACGUUCUUGUUUGUUGAAGCACAGAGUAUUGCAGAUCUAGACAAAGACCUUAAACCAAAGAACAAACUAAACGGUGGACUAACAGAGAAAAUUCAGUUUUGGAUCCUUACAGCGGUUCUUUCUGUUGUGGGGUCUCGUGUUGCAUCACUAGUGGUUUUAGAGUUCUCCCUCAGAGCCAUUUCAGCACGGAUCACAGCAGGAUCAGACUCAAUAAUUGACCCAGUGUUACUGCUGCUUGUCCAGUGCCAGUUCUCCUUGGGCUGCGCACUAACCUGCAGCCUUAAAUUUCUCCAUGAGGGGGCACCACAAGGCUGGCUAAGCCUUUCUCUUGCAGUUGGACUUAGCUGGUUCUUGGCUACCCGGUGCAGUAGAGUAUGGCGGCAUGUAAAUUCAAUGUAUCCAAUACACAGCACACAACGUUAUUGUGGACUAUGCAUUGGGCUCCUAACCACUGGUGCUUCUAUAUUAACCUGGCUCUGCACUGCCCUGAUUAUAACUUUUAGUGUAUCUGGAAUUGCUGCCAUAUCCAACAUAAACCAACACUUUCUUUCAACCACUGAGGCUCUGAGAUUUUGGACCCCACUCACAAUCUGCUACUCACUGCUAGUUGUAUAUAUGAAUGAGGAUCGGAGACAACAGCCUGUUCAACAGAUUGUCAAUACGGUUGUUGUGCGGCUAGGUGGGCUUUUCGUGUUACUGAUUACAGUGGGAACUUGGUCAGAUGUCCUCCAUGUUAUAAUCUGCUUUAUUGGUGAAGCUGCAUGUCUGUUACCAUCUCAAGACCUCUUGGAAGCCAUAUAUCAGCAUACCAGCCAUGAGCCUAAAGGACAAAUUAAAAGACCUGGUAACCAAGGAGAACAUAGGAAACUGGGAAAAUUUGAUUGAACUUCACUUUAUCAGUUGUAUCCGCCUUUAUGAAAUAGUGUACAUUAAAGUAUUAUUUAAGAUA